GGCUGCGCGUUUAAAUCACGCACUUGUGUUUUGGUGUCGUUUCUGAUUCAUGGGGAGAACUUCUUUGUCGUCUACUUUAAUGUAAUGCAUUGGUGAAUUACUAUGGAAAAUAUCACUUCUGAAUCGAAAUCUGUCCUUUGCACAUUGCUGGAUAAAAACGACCAGUCUAAGUAUGUGUUUUUUACGCAAAAGAAACCAGAAGGGGGCAUAAACAUAGGAUUUACCAAUGGCGAAGGUGUGUGGAAAACACACCUUUCAGAAGAGAACCUGUCUCCGCUUAUGAAGACAUUUUCACUAAAGUCCACAGAGGAUUAUACUCUUAAACUCAAAUGUGCAUGUAAGACUGGCAAAGCAUUCGUGGAAGUGCAGGAGGACAGUGCAGUGCUGCAUUUAGGAUUGGAGCCCACAGACUCGAGUCUGACUCUGUCAAAACUCACUGACUCAGAAGGAAGGACAGAAGUCAAAGACCUGCUGUUUAUAAUGGCCGAUAGCCUGACACAGCAAGACAACAGAGGCAUUUCUUCAUUUAGUCCAAUCAAGAGCCUUCAGAAAAGAGGCACUGAAUUUGAAGUUAGAAAUCAGCUUAAGGGUCCAAGUAUAGCAGUCAGAAAACGUCUUCCUGGGGAUUCUCUUAUCAACCCAGGAACGAGGAGGAAGAAAACUGCGACCGGCGUAGCCUUUGAUGAAGACGAUUAAUAAUCUUGAACUCCAUUUAGGAUUUUAGAAAUCAAUCAGGAAUCAUGAAGUCUCUUUUUAACUAACACUUUUAACUCCUAAUGGCAUAGUUUUUUUAAUAUAGAUAGCAAAUCACACCAUGAACUCCGUCAUCAAGCAUCUAUUUAAGGUUUUAAUGGAAGACAUAUAUUUUUUAAUCAUACAUGUAUAAUUUUGUGUUACCAUGUGAUACUUUUAAUAAAUAAAAAAAUAAAAAAGC